AUGCUAGCCAUGCUUGGCUCCAUCGGGAUGACUAUGAUCAUACUGGCCUGUGCGCUUCCGACGUAUAACUUAUGGUGGCCAAUUUUCUGCGUACUGUUCUACAUAUUAUGCCCGUUGCCGACACAGAUCGCUAAACGGGGUCCGAAUUCGGAUGAUCCUUCCCGUUCUGCACACGCAAUGUUUGCUACGAUCGGUAUCGUCAUGAGCAGUUUCGCCCUACCUAUUGUUCUGGCUCGUGCUGAAGUGAUCCAAUGGGGUGCCUGUCUUCUCACGCUAGCUGGUAAUGUUGUCGCCUAUACGACCAUCCUAGCGUACUACUUCGGUUUCGAAUCGAGUGAUUCGGGAAUGUGGUGA